UGUGUUUAACUGACUCAUUUUGCUGCACAUCUGAAACUAACACAAUAUUGUAAACCAACUACAGUUCAAUUAAAAGAAUUCUUUUUAAUUAAAGGAGAAUAAAAUACUACAAGACCUUCGGAAAACUGUUAAUGAUAGUCUGAAACAGGCACUGCAAAAUAUUUUAAAUAAUCAUUAGAUUUCAGUGAACUUCAGCUAGACAAUUAUUUCAAUGCAGCAAACAUGAUUUUAAAAUGUAAUUUGCCUAGUCUUUAAAAUAAUGGCAUUGUUUUUUAUAGAAUUAUGCAUGGUUGAGAUAAAGACUAUUUCUUUUUCACCAAAAAAAUGAUCAAAUAGUUAGUAUUAACCAUUGCAAAAGCUCCUGGCCUUUGUUGAUGACAUCCAAGUCUUCUCCUUCCAUCUAAAAGCAAAGAAACAGUCAACACCUCUCAAAGAAUAUCUUACUCAGGGAUGAAAAAUAUUGAAGUUAUUAGAAUUUAUAUCUAUAAAGCAUGGACUCUGAUGCAAAUUAUCAGUUCUUCCAGUCUCCCUUCUCUCCCUCCCACCUUUACUCUUUCUUACGGAAUUUUCUAUGUCCCCAUCAUGCAUCCAGCACGGUUCCAGAUGCUAAGAAAUCAUUUUAGUUUUGACAUCAGUUUUGGCAGAAAUAACAAUACCAGGGCAUGUCUAAGAUCAGUUUUGAAGAAGCUGCUACCUACCUAUGAAAAUACAGCUCCAGAGUUAGGUGGAAGUGAGGGACCAUAGGUCAAGCCUGGUGCUUACUCUCCUUUAAAAGCUAUUUCUAAUCUGAGCUUGCAUGUGGAAAUGCCAGCUCACCUUCUACCCUAGCCACCCACAGGUUUCUCAGCCCUGCCUAACCCAGAGAGUGUACCAUCCUUCCUGCUCCCCAAAUAUGGGCUGGUAUGUCACACCCCAGUAGGCAGAUGCCUUUGGAGGGAUUCCCAUGCUAGGUGUUACAUGCAAGACAACAGCAGAACUUGAAGGUUAUCACAGCGAUUGCCUGCACCUCCCAGGGCCAGCUGGUGUGCACACCUGCGGCAUCCUGCCAGAAAGGCAACUGCCGAAGACGAUGACUCAGAUGCUUUUGCUCUUGCUGUACGGCUUCGUGUUUCUUUUGGCCACAGAGUCCUGCAGGACGUUAUGCCAGGCUGCCAACAAGAGCAAGGAGCAGGUGUCUACCAGGCCACACGGUGAAUGCCAUGGCACUUGUGUGGACAAUUCCUACUGCAGCCAACCUUGCCCUCCAGACACUCCCGGGGAUAUGGGGUUUUUAUGCAGGCAAAAGAAAUGGCGCAAAGUCACUGACACCUGCCGUACUCUCACUGCCUUCAACAUCUUCGAGGCAGAUUUAAAUUCGGUUCAAACAUUUGGAGGAUCAAAAAUAAGCGAAUAUACCAACAAGCCUGAGACUAUUACAGAUUUGUUAAUGGAAAAGUGUCCGCAGGAUCUGUCCUGCGUGAUUAGGAACAUUCAGAAGUCUCCCCGGAUUCCGGGAAACAUUGCUGUGAUUGUGCAACUCUUACACAACAUCUCCACUGUGCCAAUGACGGAUGUUGAUGAGGCAAAGAUGCAGAGUUACAGCAUCAUAGCCAACCACAUUCUAAAUAGCAAAAGCAUCUCAAACUGGACCUUCAUCCCCGAAAGAAACAGCAGCUGUGUCCUGCUACAUUCAAUCAAUUCCUUCGCAAGAAAGCUAUUUGUCAAUAAGCAUCCCAUUGACAUAGCAGAUACUUUCAUUCACACGGUGGGCACCAUCCUCUCUAGAGACAAUGCCGGAAAGAAUUUCACCUUUUCAAUGAGAGUUAACGACACCAGCGACAUGGUCACGGGGAAGGUGUUGAUCAGUAGAGAGGAACUUCAGGAGGUGCCUUCUCCUUCUCAGGCCGUCAGCAUCGCAUUUCCAACUCUGGGGGCCAUCUUAGAAGCCAGUGUUUUGGAAAGCAUCACCGUGAAUGGGCUUGUCCUGUCUGUCAUUCUGCCCAAGGAGCUUGAAAAAAUCUCACUGAUUUUUGAAAAGAUCAGCAAGUCAGAGGACAGGACGGCACAGUGUGUAGGCUGGCACUCCUUAGAGGGCAGAUGGGAUCGCAAGGUCUGCCAGAUGAUUGAGGAGAACUCCCAGCAGGCGGUCUGCAAUUGUAGCCCGAGCAAGGCGUUUACCUCUUUCUCGAUUCUGAUGGCACCCCACGUCUUGCAGAGCCCCAUCCUGAUUUACAUCACGUACAUAGGCCUGGGUGUUUCUAUUUGCAGCUUGAUCCUCUGCUUGUCCAUCGAGGCCUUGGUCUGGGGCCAGGUGACGAAGACAGAGAUCUCAUACUUACGCCACGUGUGCAUUGCUAACAUUGCGACCACCUUACUGAUGGCUGAUGUGUGGUUCGUCGUGGCUUCCUUUCUCAGCGGUCCAACGAAGCACCACAGCGCAUGCGUGGCAGCAACCUUUUUUGUUCACUUCUUUUACCUUUCUGUGUUUUUCUGGAUGCUCGCCAAGGCACUCCUCAUCCUCUACGGAAUCCUGAUAGUCUUCCAUACAUUGCCCAAGUCCGUCCUGGUGGCAGCUCUCUUUGCAGUGGGCUACGGGGGCCCUUUGCUCAUCGCUGCUAUCACGGUCGCUGCCACUGAGCCUGGCAACGGUUAUCUCCGGCCUGAGGCCUGUUGGCUCAACUGGGACAUGACCAAGGCCCUUCUGGCUUUUGUGGUUCCGGCUCUGGCCAUAGUGGUUGUCAACCUGGUCACAGUCACACUGGUGAUUGUCAAGACCCGGCGAGCGGCCAUGGGCAGUUCCAUGUUCCAGGAAGUGAGGGCCAUCGUGAGGAUCAGUAAAAACAUUGCCAUCCUCACGCCACUGCUGGGACUGACCUGGGGAUUCGGCAUAGCCACGGUCCUCAAUGACGGCUCGCUGGCGUGCCACAUCAUCUUCUCCCUGCUCAACGCCUUCCAGGGCUUCUUCAUCCUGGUGUUUGGAACAAUCCUGGAUCCGAAGAUAAGAGAUGCCUUAAAGGAUCGAAUAAACUCUGCACAGUGGAUCUCCAGGAUAUCAGAGAACGUCUCUUCUGAUUUCUCUCGUCACCCCACCAAAGUGCCACGCUAGUAAGCCAGGCUAUACUCCUAACUUGGGAGGUCAUACAUUUCAGGAGUGGCAGAGACCCCGGGAGAAACGUCCUGAUUCGUGUCUUCUUGCCUCCGAAGAGUAUGAAGGACGCCUCCCUCUUGGUGGUGCUGACAGAGGAGGGCAUGAAGAGAGGAUGGAAAGUCCCUCUGUCUAAGCUGUUCUGUGUUGCUGACGUUUUCCCCAUCCCCUGUCUACAUAUAUAUGCCAUGUUGGGUAUCCAACAGCGGACACCAGAAUCCUGGUCUUGCCAGGGUCUCCAGCCUCAUGUUGUUGGAAUCAGGAAGAGAACUCUGGCUUGUCUUGGCAGUGGUGGCCAGGGAUGUCACCCAGCUAGAUUCUAUAGGUGGCUGAGGGAGGGCCCUCAUGCAUAGUCACCAACAUUGGGCCGACUCUAAGUAGGUCAUUGUUCUUUGGACAAAAAGAAUUCAAGGGCCAAUAUGUUCUACUCCUCCACAUUUAAAUUGAUUGCAUGGUCAGCCUAGCAUGGGCUUAGAUACAACUUUUUUGGCCGUGAACCAAGCAAAAAGCGUUGAGCUUUUGAACCAGAAAGGUGUUUAAGUUAAGGAGACUGAAGGCUGGAGUGAUAAGUAACAGCUAAUAGAGAUUUGAGCCAGAGGUAAAAACCCAAGUCUGUUGGUUCCUAGCCCUGGACUUUCUCCUCAAGACUAUGGAGCCACCGAGGGUCUCUCUGUCUACUCUGACUAUGUAAGAGGUGCUUGCGUGCUAAGUUGCUUCAGUGGUGUCUGACUCUUUGUCACCCUGUGGGAUGUAGACCGCCAGGCCUCUCUGUCCAUGGGCUUCUCCAGGCAAGAAUACUGGAGAGGGUUUCCAUGCCCUUCUCCAGGGGAUCUUCAAGAUCCAGGAAUCGAACGCAUGUCUCCUGUCUCCUGCAUUGGCAGGCGGGUUCUUCACCACUAGCACCACCUGGGAAGCCCAUGUAAGAUGAACCCCCACCAAUAAUAUGGUGUUUUGAAACCUGGGAUGAGAAAGGAGAAAUAUUAUAUUUCAAGUAGAGAGCUACUGAUUUUCUUACCUUGUAUGUAAACCAAUUCAACAUUCAAAUCAGGAGCCACCUGAUAAUAGAACAGUAUUACAAAUAAAAAUCCUUCUGGAAAAAAAAAAGGUCCUUUUUAAAGCAAGCACACAAUGAGAUGCAGAAGAAAAAAAAAAUAGUGGAUAAAGGGCAAGGGGCAAUGAGUAGCCCUUAGUUAUCUCCCCAUGAAGUCAGUACUGGGACUUUCCUGGUGGUCCAGUGGUUAAGAGUCCAAGCUCUUGAUGCAGGGGGGCUGAAGUUUGAUCCCUGGUCAGAGAACUAGAUCCCACAUGCUGCAACUAAGAGCCCACAUCCUGCAACUGAGACCCUGCCCAGCCAAAUAAAUAAAUAAGUUUUUAAAGUUAUAUACAAAAGAAGCCAGUAUUAAUGAUGUCACAUUACAAAUGGAAAAGGGCAACUCACUUUGUGAAUCAGGGGUGUCAUUUUUUUUGUUUUAAACACAGAAAACUGUAGUAAAACUUUUUUAUUCUCUCUCUCUCCUUUUUACUAUAGAAAAUUUCCUCUAAGUAGGAACGUUUAAGAAAGCAAAAAUAUAAUAAUCAGAAGGUAGGAAAAUAUACCAACCGGGAGAAUGAGUCAUCUUCUAAGUGGUAUUGUUCAUCUUGGGACAACAAUUGCACCCUUUGCAAAUGAAGUCAGAAAGAAGCUUUAAUUUGACAUUUCCCAGUAUCUCUGUAGGGUCUCUUCAAGGGAACAGGAUGGAGCAGACACAGUCCUGGUUUUCCCAAUGCAGAGAUUUCCAUAUGAAGAAAGGUCACUUACCCCAAAUCAACAUAUUGAAGGAAGGAUGCGAUGUCAUGGAGCUAGAUGGUUUUAGGAUUUAUAAUUCUGAAAAAAACUUUAGAAAAGACUGAGUCCAAGUGCCUCCAUUUGCAGAUGGAAAGUCUGAACACAAGAGAGAGGGAGAGACUGGCCUUUCAUCUGUACUGUGUAUUUGGCAGCCACAUAUCACGUGGAAGCACACUCUGCUCCCAUGCACUCACUCCCUGAGAGAGGAGGUGUGAAAGACUCUAUCUUGGGGUUAUUAUUCAUUAAGAAAGCCUCAUGGAGGACUUCCCUGGUGGCCAGUGGUUAAGACUCAGCACUGCCAGUGCAGGGGAUGAAGGUCAGACCCCUGGUAGGGAAACUAAGAUCCUACUUGCUGCGUGGUGUGACCUAAAGAUAAAAAAUUAUUAAAUAAAGGCUCAUGGAUGCUAACAGAGAAACCCCACUAUCAUUUGACAAUCCCUUGGUGAAGUCCACCCUCCCUCUUGCGGCCCACACUUCAGUCUGUCCCAUCCUGAAAGGUGACAAAGAACUGCAUGGAUCAGGCUAACCGUGGAAGACCCAGGGUGGAGAUACGUGGAACACCCUGUUCUCACCUCACCAAGGAAGUGACUUGGUCAGGUGGCUCAGGAGAAGCUGGUGCUAGUGGUGUCUAAGGCAGAUUCUUGGGCAGAGCACUUAGUACUUGAUACUCGUUGGGACAGUUAUUUAAAUUCCUGGGACUUUGGUUUUCUCAACCAGAAAUUGAGAAUAAUGGAGCUUACCCUAUAGGGCUAUUGGAAAGAUUAAAUGAACAAAUGUAGAUAAAAUACUGAGAACAGUACUUGGCAAAUAAUAGUUGGCCUUAAAAUGUAAGCUGUUUGUAUUAGAGUACCUAUGAAUCCAUGUAUGUGCAACACACAUACAAACAGCAAACAGCCAUGACCUUUUGCAUGAGUGUGGAUGAGACACUCUCAUAGGAGUUGGUUCACUGCCAUCUACUUUCUUCUCUUUCAAAAAAAUUUUUUUGGCCAUGAAGCAUGUGGGACCUCAGUUCUCUGAUCAGGAAUUGAACCUGUGCCCCCUGCUUCAGAAAUGUGGACCACCAGGGAAGUCUUGGUUCACUGGCAUCUAAAUGAAAGUGUUGAGCAUUGGAUUCAGUUUCUUUCAUCAGGGUGACCAGCCAGCAAAGUCUACUGAAGGAUCUUUUCAUUCAGUGUUUACAGAAUUGUGUUGCUUGGUAUCCUGCCCUGGAAAGAGUAUAUUUCAGAGACUAUACAUGUAUCCAGGGCUUUCUGUGUCUGAACUGUGCAUCACUUUUUGCCUUCCCUGUAAAGUCUUCCCUAAUCAGUCCAACCAGAAGUGCUGAUUCUCUCCACUGAUUUCUUACAAUAUGUAUAUCUGGGCCAUUCACUGUUGAGUCAGUAUUUAUUGUGUAGUAUUAUUUACUCUUAGCCUUCUUGUGUGCAUAUAUUUUCUUUCCCAGAUAAGACCAUAAGCCUUUGGAGACAGAUUUACCCUUGUUACUCGAUAAGUCACUUGUUUUGUAUGUCCAAAGAGCAGAACGAGGUGCUUUGUACAUAGAAUGUUUAAUAAAGUCCUCUGAUUACACAACCAAAA